GUCGUGAGUAAUCUGCAGAGAAAAUCUAAAAUACCAACGGCUAAACCAACCAACACACUGACACUGUGGGCCGACCCUUAUCACAUCAGUCAUUCAUUCAACUCUAUCUGCUUUAAAUCGUCCUCCCUUUCUUUCUUCCUUACACACUACAUAAAAACCUUGGACACAAUCUCAAAAACAAAGAACCAAUUUGUCCCCGUUUUACAGAAAGAUCAACAGCACCCAUCACCAAAGCUUUAGCAAUGCCACCCCCAACAGCAACGCUCUCUGUCGCUUCUUCUUCUUCUCUAUCUCUAUUCCCAUUUUCUUCUUACUAUUGUUCGAAACAACCCCAAUUACGCUUCAGCCCCUCCCCCACCCCUGCCAGGCUCACCCAUUUCACACCCCUCACCACACCCAACUACCCAAUUGGCAAACUCAUGACACUCUCCGCUGUUUCCAUCGAGAAAGAAACUAUGAUAUCCGAGCGACCCCACACUUUCCUCCGUGAAACUGACUGCGAAGAUGACGGCUCCGUUAGGGCGCGCUUCCAGCGCAUGAUAAUGGAGGUGCAGGACAGCGUGUGCGGCGCCCUGGAGGCUCUCGAUGGAACCGGCAAGUUUAAGGAGGACGCGUGGACCAGGCCUGGAGGCGGUGGAGGAAUCAGCAGAGUGUUGCAAGACGGUGCUGUUUUCGAAAAGGCUGGUGUUAAUAUCUCUGUUGUUUAUGGAGUUAUGCCCCCUGAAGCAUACCGAGCUGCCAAGGCUGCUGCCACUGAUCUGAAGCCCGGCCCCAUUCCCUUUUUCGCCGCCGGAAUCAGCUCGGUUUUGCACCCGAAGAAUCCGUUUGCUCCUACAUUGCAUUUUAAUUAUCGGUAUUUUGAAACUGAUGCUCCUAAAGAUGCUCCUGGAGCACCUAGGCAAUGGUGGUUUGGUGGUGGAACUGAUUUUACUCCAGCUUACAUCUUUGAGGAGGAUGUCAAGCACUUCCAUUCAAUACAAAAAAAGGCCUGUGAUAAAUUUGAUUCAUCCUUUUAUCCCCGAUUCAAAAAAUGGUGUGAUGACUAUUUUUACAUUAAGCAUCGAGGUGAGAGACGAGGGCUUGGGGGAAUAUUUUUUGAUGAUCUAAAUGACUAUGAUCAAGAGAUGCUUCUUUCAUUUGCCACUGAAUGUGCAAAUUCUGUGAUUCCUGCGUACAUACCGAUUGUAGAGAAAAGGAAGGAUACACCUUUUAAUGAGAGCCACAAGGCAUGGCAACAAUUGCGAAGGGGUCGCUAUGUAGAAUUCAACUUGGUUUAUGAUCGGGGAACAACAUUUGGACUGAAGACAGGAGGUCGAAUUGAAAGUAUUCUUGUUUCUCUCCCUUUGACUGCACGAUGGGAAUAUGAUCAUAAACCAGAAGAGGGAAGCGAAGAGUGGAAACUAUUAGAUGCCUGCAUCAAUCCUAAGGAAUGGAUAUGAUCUUAAUGCAUCAACCGUAAGGAAUGUGUCUGAUACUUACCGUUUUGACUUUCUUUGUAUCAUUUUGAAAUUUCCCAUUCGUUCCUACGCUUUUUAGUUUUUGUUUUUCCUAUUCUCGUUUCUUCUUAAGAAGGGAGUGUUAUCCUGCGGCAGAAGUUGUAAGUUAGCUUGGUGGUUUUGUUGUAUUAAGGUGAAAGGGGAGUCGUCGUUGUAAAUCAUGGGUCUCAUUCCUGUAAUACACAUAUUGUUUAGAGGCCAACAGUGCUAAUAAUAUUGUGAAUCUGAUAACAUCUCGCUCUUCACGUGGAAA